CAUCGUCGCUGCGGUCCGAGCCGAUCCGAGCCGGGCCUCGUGUAUUUCCGGCGGCACUCGGCCAUUUCCGGCGGCACUCGGCCAUUUCCGGCGACGACGACAACAGACAGACCGACCGGAGUCGGAGCGAGGGGGCGAGAAAGCCCAGAGACCGUCAGAUGAUGGCGACUGACGGGACCCACACUCGCUCACUGUUUGGGGGCGCCUUCUCCGUCACUCUCCCCCCACAUUCCAUCGAUGUCAGUGAUAUCCGGGAGAUCCCAGACAACCAGGAGGUGUUUAUGCACAGUGCUACGGACCAGAGCAUCAUCGUGGAGCUGCUGGAGUACCAGAGGCAGGUGCCUGACGUGGACGCAGCCAGGUACCAUUUUGAGGACGUCACCGCCAUUAAUGGGGCCCUGGGAGAGGCAGGAACGGAGGUGCUGAGCGUGGAGCCCGUGGGCAGGGAUCAGAUGGCGUUGCGGGAGCUGAGCAGUGUCUGGUUCCUCUCCGGGAGGCAGCACGUGGCCAAGUUCAAUGAGCAGGCUAAAAACACAGUGAAUAUACACCUGGCCCUCUUCAGACUCCCACAGUACACCACAGACAUCCUCGUCACCUUCAAUGAUCCAACAAUGAUCAGCCCACACAGCAGCAGCGUGGGAUUGGAGCCGUCCCAGUCGGGGGCCUCGUCGUCGGGAGCGGCCCCGUGCUGGACCCCGGAGCAGUUCCGCGCUGCCGUCCGCUCCCUCUGCCUCCUCGACCCCGCCGUCUUCUCCUGAACCCCCUCACGCUCCGGAGGCCAGAACCAGAGCCCGGCCCGUCGAGACUGAAGCGGUGGAGGAAGGAACUGCAGACACUGGUUUACACUGAAGAUGCUGGGGUAACUCACUGGGUGCAGCAACAUCUCUGGAGCAAAGGAAUAGGUGAUUAAGAAGGAACUGAAGAUGCUGGAAAA